UAUAUAUAAGGAAAGAUGAGAAAGAAACCGGUUUUCCAGUUGGAAAUCCAAGAAGCAAGCAAAAACAAAAUGAUGGUGUUGGGUCCUUUGCAUGUGCAUAGCAUCCCCUCUUCACCUCCUGUCCAGUGCACUAUCUCUUCUCCUUGUUCAAAUAUUGAAGAUUCUUUAAAUAAGAGCUUAAUUAAUCUUGCAAGGAGAAGAGCAGUUGUAGGCUUUGGUUCCAGUAUGGUAAUGGCUUCACUACUCAAUGUGCACAAUCUUAAUUCACUACUACCUUCACUACUUCAUUCUGCUAUUGCUCUACAAGAAGAUGACCUCCAAAAAGAAGAGGAUAGAGUUGUUAACCUCUUCCAGUUAACUUCACCAUCAGUUGUCUUCAUUAAGGACCUUGAAUUAGCUAAAAUCCCCAAGAGCUCUUCCAAUGAUGCUACACUAACUGAGGAUGAAAAUGCAAAAGUUGAAGGGACAGGUUCAGGCUUCAUCUGGGAUACGUUUGGUCACAUUGUCACUAACUAUCACGUUGUUGCUAAGUUGGCUACAGAUCAAAGUGGAUUACAGCGUUGUAAGGUGUUUCUAGUUGAUUCUGCAGGCAAUAGCUUGUACAGGGAAGGCAAGAUCAUUGGUUUUGAUCCGGCCUAUGAUCUCGCUGUUCUUAAGGUUGAUGUCGAGGGGCAUGAACUGAAGCCUGCUGUUCUUGGUACUUCUAGAGAUCUGCUCGUUGGUCAGAGCUGCUUUGCAAUUGGGAAUCCUUAUGGAUAUGAGAACACACUUACAACAGGGGUAAUUAGUGGCUUAGGCAGGGAAAUACCUUCACCAACUGGGAGGGCCAUUCGAGGAGCUAUUCAAACAGAUGCAGCUAUUAAUGCUGGCAAUUCAGGUGGGCCAUUAAUUAAUUCAUAUGGACAUGUUAUUGGAGUUAACACAGCAACUUUCACUCGAAAAGGGUUGCAUUCAUUGCAGGAACAGGAGUGUCCUCUGGAGUGAAUUUUGCAAUACCAAUUGACAGUGUUGUGCGCACUGUACCAUACCUUAUAGUUUAUGGAACCCCGUACAUUGACAGAUUCUGAUCAUUUGUAUCUUUUGUACCUAAGAAAUGCUUCAGGUGGUGCUCAUUUCAACCCCUCUGGAAUUCUUUUGGCUCAAACAAGGUCGUUGCUCUCGGCUGUCAAUUAGAAGCUAUUGCAAUAACGUACAUGGAGAAUUCCCUCGUGUAUUGCGUGUAGACAUGAUGUUAAGACAAUCCUGUAUGGUAGAAACAUGCAAUAUCUUUCUAAAUAUAUAUGGGUACCAAGAUCUUCUUGCAA